GUCACCCUGCCUCUCCUGGCUGGAGGAAUGGAUGGAGGCCAGACAUGGAGGCCGCUCCCCAGGCCAGAUCCAGCCUCCUCAGAAUUCUGCUGCGCGUUGGGAAGCUCUCUGUGAUGCUGCUCCAGAACCGCACACACUUGUACCGCUUCCUGCUCCUGAAGAUGGCUGUCUUUCAGCAGUGGGUGUCGGGGCUGGCCCAGGAGGCCCGGGGCUCCGGCAGUGACCAGACCCACCUGCUUCCGGGAGUCAUCAUAACCUGCAUCCUGAGCUUGGCCCUUCGAGCUGGACUGGCAUUGCUGUGGGUCCCGCUGUGGUUGCUGCUCUGCGGACCCAGGCUGGCCUACAAAGUCGGGCUGAGCUGCUGUCAUACUAUGAGACUGGCCCUGGGGCACCUGGGUGCCUGGGAACCUCUGGGCCUGUCUGCAGCCACCUUCAGGGACCUGCUUAUCUCCUGUCUGCAUAGCCUGAUGCUGGUGGCCUUGCUGAUGCUGCUGUUGACCUGGAGGCUGGUACAGAAAGCUCAUCACUUCUGUCUGGGCUGGCUGCCCAGCCAGAAUUCUGUGUUGCUGGAAACCCUGGCGCUGCUGAGACGCCUCUACCUGUGGGUGGAGCGCACGACCACACUCACCUCCUGGAACCUGGCCUAUCUCGUCACUUGGGUCACCUGCCUUGCUUCCCACCUGCUCCAGGCUGCCUUCGAACACACAGCCCAACUGGCCCAGGCUCAGGAAGCCAAGUCCCAGGAGACCUCAGGGCCCCCCUCGCCUCAGUUCUUAAUUCCAGAAUCCUCCACCACUGAGGCUGGGCCCCUCCCAUCCCAGCCUGAAACUCCCGGAGAAUAAAUGUGUCCCCCACCCGC